AUGGCAGAAGUUUGGCGAAGGAGCAAUGGGAAGAGGGCCUUAAGGAAUUUAGUUCAAAGGUGGGACGUUUUUCCUUAUGGUGGAAGAGGGGGAGUAGGGAGUGAAGCAGGUAGUGAUGCUAGUUGCGCUUCCAUUUACUUCUCAGAGAUACCUGAUAGAGCGAAGGCGCGCGAGAUUUUCGAGCUGUUUGGGUGUAUCGGCGAGGUUGUGGAAGUGGUGAUUCCACCGAAGAGGAACAAAUUUGGUAAAAGGUUCGGUUUUGCCAGGUUCAAUCAGGUGGAGGAUGUCAGAGUUUUGGCAGUCAAGCUGGACAAUGUGAUUAUUGACGGGGUUAAAAUCCACGCAAACCCACCUAGAUUCGAGAGGUAUUCAAGAGGUGGAGGGGUUUCAGGUAAGGAGCCUCGGAAGUUUGUUCAUCAGGACCAACUUCAGAGGAAUAGUGGCAGAGGUGAUGUUUCGUUUGUGGAUGCAAGGUCUUUCGCGGAGGUCGCUGCAGCUAAGAAGAUGGAAGGGGAUAUGAAGGGAGCGAAGCCGAUUUUGGAGUUUUCAUCUGACCCGGAGGUUUUUGCUAAGCUAUCUAAGGCUUACGUCGGAAAAGUCAUUAUUCCUGGUAUGACUUAUAAUAUCCGGACUUGCUUUGAGUUGGAUGGUUACUUUUCUAUAAGGGUUACACCAUUAGGGGCAAACUUAUGCUUGUUGGAGGAGGUAGAAGAAGGUGAUAUCGGGGCUUUGAUAAGGGAGGGUGAGGUGUGGUGGAAACAAUGGUUCUCUGAGAUUAGAAGGUGGAAAGCGGAGGACGUGGACGAAGAAAGGGUAACGUGGUUGAGGGUUUUUGGUGUUCCGUGUCACGCAUGGAGAUUUGAAUUCUUUGAGCAGCUGGAAAAGAGAGUUGGAACUUACAUUUGUGCUGAUGAACAAACUCUGAAGGCAGUGAAUAUGGAUGUGGGGAGAUUCAUGGUUCGCACAGUGUGCUCGAAAGUUCUAAAUGAGAUAGUGACGGUGCUCAUUGAUGGGGUUUCUUUCAACAUUAAGAUUAUUGAAGAUUUACACGGUCCGAUACGGAUUAAUCUCAACAAUGAGGGUCUGAAUCCGGGUUCUAGGGGCGGAGAAUCUUCAGAUUCGGAGAAGGAUUGGAAUGAAGAAUAG